CCGCUGCUCCUUUCCCGGUUACCGCCGCCCGGCCAUGGAACCCAGCGGCUCCCAGAGCGGCCCCAGGGCCUGCCUGGGCUUCAGCCGCACCCACAAGGGGCUGGUGCUGAUCGGAGAGAUCGCGCUGUGCGUGCUGGCGCUGGUGUGCUACGGCGCCUCCCGCACCCCGGGCUACGCCAGCCUGGCCGUCUGCGAGCUGGUGUUCGCCGCCCUGAUGCUGGCCGUCUGGGGGUGCGGGCUGGCCCCCCGCAUGCCCAUCAUACACUGGGGGUGGACGGACUUCAUCCGCUGCCUGGUGGGCUCCCUGCUCUUCCUCAUCACCUCUCUCAUCGUCAUCAUCGGGCACCGGGACGGCGCCGGCACCGCCGCGGGGGUGUUUGGGCUCCUGGCAGGGCUGCUGCUGGCCUACGACGGAUACCUGACCCUGCCCCGGCGCGGGGGACGCAGCGCGGCCGGUGCGGGGGGCAGGGGUGGGCGGCGAACUGCAGCUCCCGUCAUGCACGGCGCGGGGCAGGCCUGGAGGCGAGGGGAGGGAGAAAGAGCGCGCCAAGGCCGCGCGCCGCCGUCGCCUCCCCCUCCGGCAGGCUCUGCGCCUGCGCACUGCCUCCUCCCCCGCCCCUCCGUUCCCCUCUCUCUGCGCCGCUUCCUGCCCCGCCCCGCCCCGCCCCGCCCCGCCGGUCGCCGCCGGUUCUGCGUCAGCGGCGGCGCGGGAAGGGUUUAA